AUGAAUAGCAUAGUAAAAGUGUUUAGCAACUUCAAAGAGUUUUACAGUGAAAUAAAUGGCGCUACCUUAACAGGAGCAAUUGAUGUGAUAAUAGUCGAACAGCCAGAUGGAUCGUACAUGUGUUCUCCGUUCCACGUGCGGUUUGGAAAGCUUGGAGUGCUGCGCAGUCGGGAGAAGAUUGUGGACAUUGAGGUCAACGGUGAGCCUGUCGAUAUCCAUAUGAAGUUGGGAGAAUCAGGCGAGGCAUUUUUUGUCGAAGAGUGUCUUCCUGAUGACGAAGAGGUGCCAGCUCACAUGGCUACAUCGCCGAUUCCGAGCAGUUCGUUCAUUGCGACCUUUGACGCUUCGAUUGUUACUACUACGGAAAAGCAGCCAGAAGAUACUCUGCCCAGACCACGUCGUAAUUCGAUAGAUUUUUCCCAGGAAAAUGGAGACACGGAAAAGGCGAAAUUUGAGACAAAAUCCGACUAUAGUCACAGACGACACACGGACAAUACAACCGGCAGGCCCGAUUUGACACUUAAAAAAGAAUACACAACGCAGAAGAUACGCCAAGAGUGGGCCGAAGUUGAGCAAGAGCAAAUAUUCCAAAUGGAAGGCGUCGAGAGCUCCAAUACCUCCUGGAACAAUAGCACCCCUGUGGCGUCAGGCGAACAAGCAAAGCAUUUCAAACCAAUUGAUUCAAUAACAGAGUCGGAAAAAGCACCGAGCGCCGGACAGAAUGCUAAAGAUGAACAAACGUCACCGACGGCGGAUGAUAAGACUACGGCAGACUCCAAGUCGAAAAAGAAGCGAAGGAAGAAAUCCAUCAUGAAAAAGAAGAACUCGCAGCGCAAAAAUUCUUCAAGCAGUUCGGCUGGUUCUAACCACUCGGAUCAUAAUGAUGGUGCGGAAACAGAUAGCCUGACAGCCUCACAAGUGACCGCCUCAUCAAACAGUGGAUCACUCAAAGACAACGAAGACAUCGUUCCUAUUGUUGAACCACCAAUCGAAACUGAACCCUCGGUUGAACCAAAAGAAACCUCAGAACUGUCUCAGAACCGUAUCCAUGAGCUAGACAUUCACUUCUUCAGUGACACGGAAGUUGCCUCUGGUACAAGUCCUCGUCAGUCACGACCGUCGACACCAAUCCAGAGCGAUACCGAGUUUGAAAUCUCACAACGGGAGAACAUGGAAGGCGACAACAUGUCCGCUUCAUGGAAAUGGGGAGAACUUCCAACCAAGCCAGAUGACCCGGAGGAUCUCAACACUACCCAGGGAAAACAAGCUCAACGCAACUCAAUGCUUAGCGGAUUGAUGAGUUUUAUGAAGUAUAACAAAAAAUUACGCAAAAAUGUUCCUGAAGGGUUGUAUCUGUCGGACUUUGACGAAUCCUUGGAUCCUGAAGUUGCAGCUCUCUAUUUUCCGCCGUCGUCUUCCAAACCACAAACAGGGCAGAGCGAAGAGGAUCGGGAAAGUGGGAACGGUACCUCGCUUCCGCAGAGUCCAACAUCGCUGGAGGGAGUAAAAUCAAUGGAUUCUGAUUACGACGACACUAAAACGGAUAAAUUAGACUUUGUCGCGCUUUCACUAUGCGGUGGAAUUGAGAAUGGUGUUCCGUCGCACGAAGAGUUUGAGAAACAUCGUCUGUUGUACACGGACGUGUGCAACAAUCCUGCAUUGUUCUCGUCACCUGAUUUGGUUGUGCGUAUCAAUGAAAAAUACUUGUCCUGGGCGGUUGCUUGCCCGCAAGUCAUGACCAUGUUAGCAUUUCAAACGCUCCCCAACGAUGCUGGCGAUGCAUCGCAGAAAGGUCAACCCGAAGACGCAUCUGUUGAAGACGGUCCCAAUCAGCUGGAUGUGCAGAAGAAUAAAUCGCAAUCACAGCAGUCGCCGGCGGAAGCUGCUCGUGGUGGGCGUUGGUGGUACUGGCGUCGUUCAAAUGAUAAGUCCACAAUCAAGAUUGAAAACGAACAAGAAUUGUCCUUGCCAGAUGAGUCGAAAACUUCGGCGGCGGCGGCGACACAAACUUCCCGUUCAAAUACUCCCGAAGACUCGGCUGUGCCUUCGCUUGCCAGCACAAAUAAGGCCAAGGAAGACGGUUACAACGGGUCUUUGAGUUCCGAAGAUGCUGACUUGUCGGUGGAUCAAAGCGGUCGCAACGAGAGCAGCUACACUUUGAACAGUUCUGUUGAGAAGUAUAGAAAAACGCUGCGCUUGUCAUCGGAUCAAAUCGAUAGCCUCAACCUCAACGAGGGAACGAACGAAAUUGUCUUCAGCGUUACCACUGCCUACCAGGGCACAUCUCGCUGCAAGUGCUUCUUGUUCAAGUGGAAGUACAACGACAAGGUGGUCAUCUCCGACAUCGAUGGAACCAUUACAAAAUCUGAUGUGCUUGGUCAUAUUUUGCCCAUGGUGGGGAAGAAUUGGGAGCAAAUUGGCGUCGCUCAGCUGUUUUCGAAAAUAGAAGAAAACGGUUACAAGAUGCUGUACCUGUCGGCGCGUGCGAUUGGUCAAGCAAAGACGACUCGUGACUACCUUCAGUCGAUUAGACAGGGCGACGUAAAACUUCCCGAUGGGCCGCUUCUUCUGAACCCUACCUCACUGAUGUCGGCGUUCCAUCGUGAAGUGAUUGAGAAGAAACCGGAGCAGUUUAAAAUCGCUUGCCUGAGUGACAUUCAAGCUUUGUUCCCGGAUAAGAAUCCGUUCUACGCGGGUUACGGCAAUCGAAUCAAUGAUGUCUGGGCGUACCGUGCUGUUGGAAUACCAAUUUCUCGCAUAUUCACCAUCAACACAAAGGGAGAAUUGAAACACGAGUUGACCCAAACAUUCCAGUCUACCUACGCCAACAUGGCAUACAUCGUUGAUCAGCUAUUUCCACCGAUCAAGCACAUUGAAGCGGAGGAUAUCGAAUUUACCAGUUUCAACUACUGGCGGGAACCACUCGCAGACAUUGAUCUUUGUUUGGAUUUAUCGGGCAAUUCGCAAAGCGGAAGCGGCAGUUCAACACCCGUUGGCAGCGCCAGCGCCCUUCUUUCUGGCAAAGUGACCCCAACUAUCACCCUUGUGCAGCAGGCAUUGCCAACAAUUCCGGAAAAUUGAAACCAUAAAUUAUUCAUCCUUACACAACAAUAAUCAGUAUCUUAUAUAAAGAAAAAUGCGACAAAUAUUAUCAAGCUUCACUCGAACGAUUUCGCAGCUUAUCGCUGAAAGGUAUCUCCAUUGGAUGUAUUCAGCUUUGUUUCGUGCCUCGUGGAUAAGUUUGUUGAUUCAAAUCAUUUGUCAAUCCGUUUCUAUGUUGUAACAAGUUUAGUUUGGAAAUCCAGUAUGAAAGAUUGAAGUGUGCGUCUCUCGGAAAAUAAUAUAUUUUGAUACAAAACCUAGAAGGAAGCAUAACAUCCUAGAAUACGUCUCUCUGGUAUCAUCAUUCUAUGCUGAUUUUUCAUUUUUUUUAUUUUAUUUUAUUUUUUUUUUGCUAUGAUUGAUAAAUCCAAAAAACAGCACAUAAGUCUGUUUAUUAACUUGUGGUAGGUGACAAUGGUAUGUGAUAAUAAUUAUUUUUUUUAAAUUUAGUUCACGUUAUUUCUAAGAUUCAAGGCUCACAUGAUGAAUCAUUGAGACCAUUGAAAGAAACCAAGAAAUAAAGAAAAAAUCAUCCUUGUUUGCGAAUUUAUUUCUACAAAAGUAUGCAUCAAGUAUCAAACGAAACAAACUAACUGUUCAAAAGAAACGAAAACGCAAAAUCGCUUAGACAUGAUCGUUGAAUAAACGCUAAAUAUGCU